AUGAUAACAAAGACGGGAACAACAAUUGUAGGGAUGAAGUACAAGACGGGAGUCAUACUUGCAGCAGACACAAGGUCGACACAGGGGCCUGUUGUUUCUGACAAGAACUGCGUGAAGAUCCAUCAGAUCACAGAUAAGAUUAUGUGUUGUGGAGCUGGAACAGCAGCAGAUGCAAGCAGGGUGGCAAGGAUGGCAUCCAGGGAGCUCAGGCUGUUUCAGAACAAGUAUCUUCGCCUCCCGCUUGUGUCCCACUUCAGGAAGGUGUGUACACAGCAUCUUCACAAGUACGGAGGAGGGAUAGGGGCAGCGCUGAUUGUCGGAGGGAUAGACAGUGAAGGGUGCCAUCUGUAUGAGAUUCAUCCUCAUGGGUCGGAGAACUCUGCUCUGUUUGUAUCUCUGGGAUCUGGAUCUCUUGGGGCCAUAGCAACGCUCGAAAGCAGGUACAGGGCAAUGGACAAGGACGAGGCCAUCGAUCUUGCAUGCGACGCUGUGAAGGCUGGGAUUCUCAAUGACCUGUACUCUGGGUCGAACAUUGAUGUGUGUGUGAUUGACUACUCCGGAGUUGAGUUUCUGAGGAACUACAGGAGGAUUGGCGUGUCUGAAAACACGGACACGCUGGUGUAUCCACUCGACUCUGUUAGGAUCAAGAGAGAGGAGGUGUUCGACAUUGUCGAAGAAUAUUAA